CAGCGCUGCAGCCCCCUAGGCGGCUGGUGCCACGUGGUUGCAGCAUGGCUGCUGUGUUUGCGGAUCUGAACGUCCCGGGCGCGCCGGAGAGGAAGUCGCUGCAGAGUUUGCUGGAGGCCGCCGCGCACCUGGGAUAUUCAACUGUUGCUAUUAACCAUGUCAUUGAUUUCAAAGAAAAGAAACAGGAGAUUGUCAAACCAAUAUCUCCUUCAGAUCUAUUUCCAUCUUUGCCUAUUGUACAGGGAAAAUCCAAACCAAUUAAAAUUGUAACCAGACUAACGCUUGUAGUUUCUGAUCCUUCUCACUGCAAUGUAUUGAGAUCAACAUCUACAAAUAUAAGAUUGUAUGACAUCAUAGCAGUGUUUCCAAAGACAGAGAAACUGUUUCACGUCGCUUGCACAAAUCUAGAUGUGGAUCUGAUAUGCAUAAACGUAACAGAAAAGCUGCCAUUCUACUUCCGAAGACCCCCUGUUAACAUGGCAAUAGAUCGCGGUGUUUACUUUGAACUUCUUUACACCCCUGCCAUCAAAGACUCCACAAUGAGAAGAUACACAAUUUCAAAUGCUCUGAGUCUGAUGCAGAUCUGCAAAGGAAAGAACAUAAUUAUAUCUAGUGCAGCUGAAAGGCCAUUAGAACUUCGAGGUCCUUACGAUGUGGCUAAUCUAGGUUUGUUGUUUGGCCUGUCUGAAAGUGACGCCAAGGCAGCUAUUUCUACCAACUGCAGAGCAGUCCUUCUUCAUGGAGAAACCAGAAAGACUGCUUUUGGGGUGGUGUACACCAAGAAAACCCCCCGAGCUUCGGAGGAGGAAGGUGUUCUCCCAGUCCGCAAGAAAGCCAAGACUGAAGUAUGAGGAUCAAACCCAACUUCUCAGCUUCCAUAAAGUCCUUUCCUCCCAUGCUACCCA